CUUGCGAUCGCAGGUGAUGAAGAGUGAAGACGCUCGGGAAGCCCGUCUGACCGUGGCGGACAAGAAGGGUUGGGUUUGGUGCAAGGUUUCCCAAAACAAAGCUGGGAGGGGCAGGAGGAGAUGGGAAGGGAAAGAAAGAGGAAGAGAAGUGAGACUGGGCGGGAUGGGGAUGGAUGAGCGAGAGAAAGGUCUCAGGAUAGAAAAGGGUAAAAAAGAAAAGAAAAAUAGGAAGAGAAGGGAAGAAAAGGGAAAAAAGGCCCAGAAAGACGCGACAAGCUGAGAGAGACAGCUUUCCUUUCAAAUGGUAAGGUCAAGGGUCGCCCUGGCGGUUUUUUUUUGGGGUUGGCAGCGUUCGAGACG